UCGUGGAUGCUAAUAGUCGAGCUAGCUGGAGGGUAAAUGUUAUCGCCUGCGGCGGUCGACCACGUAAAAUUGUUCUUUUUAAAAUACUCUGUUGGGAGAGAGUCCAAAUGAGUCCCGUAACGAAAUGUUACACCCAGCUUCCGUUGUGAAACAGGCGUAAAUUAAGUGGCGUGUACCCCGACUUUAUUGUGGACGCCGUAUUGCUAUGAUGUUGCCGGGUUUGAGGGGGUUCCGCCGGCCCAGUCGUGUCGUUUCACUCUGGCAUUGGCUCACUAACUUGGGCUAAAUUAUGUGUGGAGGAGGGAGGAGAAAGGCAAGCUGGAGGCUGGGCCAGCCAGCGGAAUGCUACGUGUCUUGGAGGCCCUUUUUAAAGCCCCCCCUCGUCGCCUUUGGUGACCGGAGACCCCCCUAAAAAAAAAGUUAACAACGACCGACUUGCAGCAUCAUUCCAGGCCCCGUGAGCCAAGCCCAGCGAGCCCGGUGUCCAGCAGCCCAUCGGCGACGUCGCCCUCGUCUGAAAUGUCCGGAGUGAAGAAGCUUCGUACGGACCUCAACAGGUCCACCAAUGUGAUCUACCAGGCCCACCAUGUCAGUCGCAGCAAGAGGGGACAGGUUGUAGGUUCCAGGGGAGGCUUCAGAGGGUGUACCAUCUGGCUCACCGGUUUGUCUGGAGCAGGAAAAACUACCAUCAGUUUUGCCUUGGAAGAAUUCCUGGUUUCCAAUGCCAUCCCUUGCUACUCGUUGGACGGCGACAACAUUCGUCACGGGCUGAACAAGAAUUUGGGCUUCACCGCCGUGGACCGCGAAGAAAACAUCCGUCGCGUCGCCGAGGUGGCCCGACUGUUUGCGGAUGCCGGGCUCGUUUGCAUCACCAGUUUCAUCUCCCCCUAUACCAAGGACCGUAAUGAGGCCAGGAAAAUCCACGCGAGCGCCGGGCUACCGUUUUUCGAGGUGUUUAUCCACGCACCCUUGGAAGUGUGUGAGCGCAGAGAUGUCAAAGGCCUCUACAAGAAGGCUCGAGCCGGCGAGAUUAAAGGCUUCACAGGGAUCGACUCGGAGUACGAGCGCCCUGAGGAGCCGGAGUUGUUGCUGAAAACUGAAGAGCUCUCAGUGAACGAGUGCCUCCAACAAGUGCUGGAGAUGCUCCGCGAGCAGAACAUUGUGCCAAGUGAGAUCAUGGAAGAGGUCAACGAACUAUUUGUUCCGGAGAACCGACUCAAUCUCGCUGUGGCUGAUGCAAGCACGCUACCAAUCAUAAGCAUCACCAAGUUGGACUUGCAGUGGGUGCAGGUUUUGGCCGAGGGCUGGGCCAGUCCUCUGAAGGGCUUCAUGAGAGAGCGAGAGUUCCUUCAGGUCUUGCACUUUGGCAGUCUCUUGGACGGUGGUGCCAUCAACAUGUCCGUCCCCAUCGUCCUGCCAGUCAACACCGACACCAAGCAGGAGCUGGACGGCUGCGCGGCAAUCGCGCUGGAGUACGGCGGCUCCCGGGUGGCCAUUUUGCGGAACCCGGAGUUCUACGAGCACCGCAAGGAGGAACGCUGCGCGCGGCAGUGGGGGACCACGUGUCCACAACAUCCUUACAUCAAGAUGGUUAUGGAGGGCGGCGACUGGCUCGUCGGCGGCGACCUGGAGCUACUGGAGCCCAUCAAAUGGAACGACGGACUGGACCAAUACCGCUUUACUCCGCGGCAGCUCAAGCAGAAGUUCAAAGAUAUGAAAGCAGAUGCGGUGUUUGCAUUUCAGCUGCGCAACCCGGUGCACAACGGCCACGCUCUGCUGAUGCAGGACACCAAGCGGCGUCUCCUGGAGCGCGGCUACAAAAACCCCGUCCUCCUGCUGCACCCGCUCGGCGGCUGGACCAAAGACGACGACGUGCCCCUGCCCUGGCGCAUGAAGCAGCACGCCGCCGUCUUGGAGGAGGGCGUCCUGGACCCGGCCAGCACCGUCGUGGCCAUCUUCCCCUCGCCCAUGAUGUACGCCGGACCCACAGAGGUGCAGUGGCACUGCAGGGCCCGCAUGAUCGCAGGAGCCAACUUCUUCAUCGUCGGUCGGGACCCCGCGGGCAUGCCCCACCCGGUGACCCGGAAGGACCUUUAUGAACCCACGCACGGCGGCAAGGUGCUCACCAUGGCGCCGGGCCUCACCUCGGUGGAGAUUAUCCCCUUCAGGGUGGCUGCCUACAACAAGUCCAAGAAGGCCAUGGACUUUUUCGACCCAGAGCGUCACGGCGACUUUGAGUUCAUCUCCGGAACCAAGAUGAGAAACCUUGCACGCAGCGGCGAGAACCCACCCGACGGCUUCAUGGCCCCCAAGGCCUGGAAGGUGUUGGUGGACUACUACACCUCGCUGCAAAAGGACCAGUAAGCCAGCACUAAGCUGUCCUACUACUGCAAGACAAUGACAAGGUUAUUCUCAGAUGGUGUGCUGAAGUUUUAGGACCAAUUUAAGAAGUAAAGAGGUACUGUAACUCACAUGGGCCGAAUCAAAGUACUUUUUAAGUAAGUGGAGCACAUUCCUUUUAAGCUUGUCCGAUUUAUCAUUCCAUUAUGCAGUUGCACUCCCUUGCCAAUUUUAUUAUGUUUGAGCCCGACUUUUAAGAUAAAAUAUUUGGAACUGUCUUAGUACUCACAGAAGAUUAUUUAGUCUACCAAAUAAAAUGGCAAGUGACGCUAUGAUAUAUAUUUUUUUUUUAUCCAUAAGUAACACAAGUAUCUAAUCUCUUUUUAACUUUGAAAACUGAUAUUUCCUAUAGUAUCUGAAGGAUACAUGGGGAAACUUAAUCAUUCCAUAUUUUAAUAUAUUUUAAGACUCAUUUUAUUCAGUGAAUGAAAUGCCAUCAUUACCUAAAGUGCCUCAAGUUUAUAUUACACAAGCGCUAAUGUCUCCUGUCUCAGUACAAUAAAGCUUGCAAGUGCUUUUUCCACCCUCCUCUUAUAACUUUUCACACAUACAUACAGCUAAGAGAAGCUCAAACAUUCUCAUGAAGAAAUUGGCUAAAAUGAUGAUUUUUACCACGGGAUAUGUCAGUAAACUAGCUGUUACGUCAUUAUCACUGACUGUAAUUUACAUUUCAAUAGGUAUGUUGAUUCAAAAUUGUUUACCAACAAGGUCUUAUUGAGUAGGAGGAAUGUCUUGCAUUGCUGUAAAAGUGGGCAUUCAAACGCUAGCAUUAAGAGGUGGAAGGAGAUGUGAAUGUAAAAUGCAGUAAUAAAUAAACCUAUUUGUUAAUAUCAA